UGAAGCUGAAGUUAUUUCUUCAGCCUAUAUUCCCUGUUAUGUUUUUUUUCCUAGUUUAUGCUAGUUUGAUUUUUGUACCUUUCAGGUCUUAAAGUUUUUGUUUGGAUAACAAAAAAGAAGAAAGGCAACAUAGAUGGAACAAGGACUAAGAGCUGUUGUUCUGGGGUGGCAGAAAUCUGACAAAGCCUCGGUGAUAAACAGGCUUUUAGGUGAUGAAGUUGAGUCUGACAAACAUUUUGUGACGUCUGUGAGGAAAGACGGUGAAGCGAAUGGAAGGAAGAUAACUCUGAUUAACACUCCAUGCUGGUGGCAGAUAUUUAGUUUGAAAGAUUCUCCAGAGGUUGUUAAACAGGAGCUGGUUUGCAGUGUCUUCUUGUGUCCACCGGGGCCUCAUGUCUUUCUCCUGGUCAUUAACCUCAGUUUGCCUUUCACUGAAGAAAACAGAUUCAGCAUUGAGAAGCACCUUAGUCUGUUUGGUGAGAGAAUCUGGAGACACACUAUAGUGCUCUUUACACGAGCCGAUUCACUGAAGGACAGAAACAUUGAGCAGCACAUAAAGAAUCAAGAUCUGCAGCAGAUCAUACAGAGAUGUGGAGAAAGAUAUCACAUCUUUGAUUUCAAAAACAAAAGUGCUGGAGUUCAAGAACUGCUUGACAAGAUUGAUGAUGUUGUGGCAGCAAACCGUGGCAAGCAUUUUGAAACACAUGAUAAUGAGCUACUGGAGAUAAAGAGAAAGAGAGAUGAAAAUAAAGAAAGAGCAGAAGCCAGACAAAAAAUGUUGCAGGACAAAAGAGAUCUGCUGAAAGAAUCAAAAGCUGGAGCUCUGUUCUCAGAAACAAGGAUUGUACUGCUUGGUUGGACCCUUUCUGGGAAGAGUUCAACCAUACACACUAUCUUCAAUAAUGAAAAAGUUAAAACAGAAGAUACAGAAAAGUGCCCAAAAUAUUCAAGUGAUGUAAAUGGCAGAAAAAUAACUGUGUUGGACACCCCAAGCUGGUGGAAAUAUUUCUCGUCUAAAUUCAACCCAAAGUUUGCUCAGGCUGCAAUCCUGGAGAGCAUCAGCCAAUCACAACAUAUGCAGUUCCCUCACGCCAUGAUCUUGGUCAUUCCUGUUGAUACUUCAUUCAAGAAUGAACAGAAAAGAAUCAUUGAAGAGUAUAUGGCCAUUCUUGGAGAAGACGUCUGGAGACACACCAUAGUUCUGUUCACAUGGGGCAACAGGUUUCCAGACAUAUCAAUCGAGCAUCACAUUGAGAGUGAAGGUGACGCCCUCCAGUGGCUGAUUGAGAAAUGCAGGAACAGAUAUCACGUCUUUGACAACUCAGACAAGAAGAACAGAGCUCAAGUCACAGAGCUGCUCCAGAAGAUCGAUGAGAUGGUGGCAGAAAACAGUCUGUUCUGUCUCAAAACUCAAUGUGCCUCAGAAGUGAAUGUCCACGAGACUCAUACCAAACAAGACGAGGAAAUAAUUCUGAAUGCUGAUGUUGAAAAAUUAAUAAACGAGGAGUUGGACAAAAGGCGUAAUGCAAUCAAAAGGAAGAUAAAGGAAUUAGGAAUGGAUUUACCUGGAUGUAGAGAUGAAGAGUCAGACGCUGGUAUAGACAUAGAAAGUAACAAUAGCAAGCACAAAACUCCAGAUUUCUCAGGUGAUGAUGAACUCAUGGAGCUGUUAAAGAGAGAAGGAAGCAGAUUUGAAGCAAUUAUAAUGGAUGGACUCUUUAACAUUCUGCAGAAUCAUGAUGAAAACGUGAGACAAAGUUCAAAUGAAAAGGUGAUGAUGUGGCUUCAACAAAGUGAGGAACAGCACAUCAGAAACAUCAAGACAUGAAACAAGCUCAGUAGAUCAACACGAUCCAGAGACGUCAGAUAAUGCAUCCAAACUUCAGAUUCAUUCACAUUAGCAAUACUUCAGUAAAAAAUGAUGUAUGCCUGCAGUUUGCAGAGUAAAACAUACACUCUGCUUAAAAAUGUGAUAAACAUAUGCUGUGUAACUUCAAUUUGGUAAUCAUGUGUUAAAUAUGUGUGUUAAUAUUUCUAAUUAAUACUCAGAUUUGUAAAUGUAUAAUACUUUACAUAAAUGUAAUUGAAAUUUGAAGUCUAACUUAGAGUUAUGAUUUAGUCCGGUAUAGUAACCUGUAUCCUUUGAUUUUGUGUCCCUUUUCUUUGAAUUGAUAAAUUUGUAUCACUUAAACUUCUAUCAGAGAUUUUUAUGUUCAUAUAGUACUUUCUUUAAAAACAUCACAUAAUGUUGGUUGUCAGUGACAUCCUAUUUCUUUAAAAACACCACUGUCUGGGUUAGAUUGCCCCUCCCCUAAAUGCGCUUUGUCUCUAUGGUUCAUUUAGUAUUUGUGGAUCUAUGCAUAUGCUAAUUAGCCCCGCCUCCACUCAGAGAUCCACUCGGUCAACUUCACUGCAGUAAACGCUGCACAAUGGUAUCGCUCUUUACAACAUCGGACACAUUACAGUAACUAAUAUGAUUAGCCUUUUGCUUGACUAUGUUAUCAAACAGCUAAUAAUGUGUUGCUAACGUUAUAUGCUAAAGCCUGCCGGCACAUUGACGUGAUUGUCAGAAACACCAGCGAUUUCAAACCGCGUUUUUGAAACUGUCUUUAGAUCACUGCAGAUUUAAAGAGAAAAUACUCAGCAAUGGUGUUGACUUAUGAAUUUGUGCAUGGUUUGUCUUAAAGUACAUUAAAAACAGCACAUAGACAUAUUAACAACAUUAAAAAGUUGAUUUUCACCACAGGGGGACUUUAAUGUUUUACAUGAUUGUAUUUUAUCAGGUUAAAAAAUAAAGAAAUUGUUGAGCCUUCACAAAGA